CCUUUAAUUACACUUUUAAAAAUGAAUCCUAUUAUAGUUGAGUCGUUUAAGACAAUUAGUGAAAUGGUCUUAAAGCCUAAUCGGGUUAUUACUCUUGCAUAUGCAGUCAAAAACCACGCCAUGGAAGCGGAUCCUCUUGUCAGACGGUGCAAAGGCUGAUUUUGCCGCAGCAAUGGAAAAGGCAGAUGUUCCUGAUAAGGCCUCAACUGCUGUUUUAGUUGAAACUUUACAUGAGAGCCAAAAAGAUACCGAGCCUCAUUAUACCACUGUAUAUCUAGAUAAGGACGAUAAAGACCUCACAACUAAACAUAUCUACCCUUAAUUAAUAAAUAGCACAGUCGUCAGGGUGGGCAUAACUAGGGGGAGAGUGCCAAUAGUGGGGGAGAGUUCCAUAAGUGUUUAGCCCGGUAUAGUUAUA